AUGAAUUCCUGGGUGAAGUGGCAAUGAGGACUGAUGCAGGUGUUCCGCGGCAUUAAUUAAACGCAACGAGACUCCCGCCUUAGUGACCUGUGACCCGGCUUGCUCACGACUUGUGUUACACUAAAUGUUCAACGUUUUGGCUCGCUAAGUCGCUAAUGAUGAACAGCAGCGGACCGACCUAUCCCCUCGCCUCUUUGUAUGUCGGGGACCUGCAUCCAGAUGUUACAGAGGCCAUGCUAUACCAGAAGUUUUCUCCUGCUGGCCCAAUCAUGUCAAUCCGUGUGUGUCGUGAUAUUAUAACCCGGAGAUCCUUGGGAUAUGCUUAUAUAAACUUCCAGCAACCAGCGGAUGCUGAGUGUGCUUUGGAUACAAUGAACUACGAUGUUCUCAAGGGACGCCCAAUCCGAAUAAUGUGGUCUCAACGCGACCCAGGCCUCAGGAAGUCAGGCGUGGGCAACAUCUUUAUCAAGAACAUGGAUGAUUCUAUUGACAACAAGGCAUUAUAUGAUACCUUCUCAGCCUUUGGCAAUAUUUUGUCUUGCAAGGUCGUUUGUGAUGAGAGAGGCUCAAAAGGGUACGGCUUUGUUCACUUUGAGACUCAGGAAGCUGCAAACCGUGCCAUUAAUACCAUGAACGGAAUGCUGCUGAAUGACAGAAAAGUUUUUGUUGGCCACUUCAAGUCCCGCAAGGAUCGAGAGCAGGAGUUCGGCACCAAAGCUAUGAAAUUCACCAAUGUCUACAUUAAAAAUUUUGGUGAAGACUACACUGAUGACAAUCUAAAAGAUGUUUUUUCUGCAUUUGGGAAGACUCUUAGUGUGCGUGUGAUGAAGGACGAGCGAGGUCAUUCGCGUGGAUUUGGCUUUGUAAACUAUGCCAACCACGAGGAUGCGCAAAAGGCAGUUGAUGAGAUGAAUGGUAAGGAACUCAACGGGAAGUUCCUCUACGUCGGACGGGCUCAGAAGCGGCUGGAGCGUCAGGGAGAGCUUAAGCGCAGGUUUGACCAGAUCAAACAGGACCGAAUCCAGCGUUAUCAGGGUGUCAAUCUGUAUGUGAAGAACUUGGACGAUAGCAUAGAUGAUGAGCGACUCCGGAAGGAGUUUUCCCCCUAUGGCACCAUAACAAGUGCUAAGGUCAUGACUGAUGGGUCCCAAAGCAAAGGCUUUGGCUUUGUCUGCUUUUCUUCACCUGAGGAAGCAACAAAAGCAGUAACUGAGAUGAAUGGAAGAAUUAUUGCUACUAAGCCCCUGUAUGUGGCACUUGCCCAGCGAAGGGAGGAGCGUAAAGCGAUCCUCACUAACAAGUACAUGCAGAGACUGGCCACCCUGAGGAGCAUGACUAGUCCCAUCAUUGACUCGUACCAUCAGACUGGCUACUACAUGACUGUGCCACAGGCUUCCACACACACCUUCUAUGAGCACAAUGCCAUCAGCAACAUGAGAUCAGUGCCUCGUUGGGCAGGACAGUCACCGAGAGUGCAGGGUCCAUACUCAACCCAAUAUGUUGGCGGGUCUGCCCCUCGCCGUGGCUCCACUCCCAUCGCCACAGUGAGACAGGCUUCCACUCAGGCUCCACGUAUCGCCAGUUCCACACAAAAGACAAAUAACAUCGGAACCCAGACUGCAGGUGGGCGAGCUGACCUGUCCGGUGUCUCCAGGAGUCAUUUUAAGUACUCGUCGGCAGUGCGAAACCCACAGCACGUCAUGCCUGUGCCUGUACCCAUGACUAGACUCCAGUAGGCUACUGCCCGAUGACAGCUGGGAUGGGGUCCAGCACGCCCGCGACCCUAGUGAGGAGAAGCGGCUCAGAAAAUGGAUGAAUGGAUACUUAAGGGGCUGGUUUACUCUAGAAAAAAUGUAUACUGUUAAUGUGUAUGUAGAGGUGCUGCUGUAUCAAAAUGAGUAGUCUUCCCCCAUAUUUAAUAGGGGAACAGUAUGUUUAUGAAUCCAUGCCUCUUUUGCUCUGACCCAACAUUUAUCAGAUUUGAUUGUUUCGUCACAGACUUUGCUUACUUUAUUUCAAGCUCGCUAGCUAAAACAUCUUCUUUACACAAAAUGAUAUUUAAAAAAUAUGUUGACAUAACGUUACCUUUAUAUUUUGACUUCUUUUCCUCCUCCGCUUUUCUUCUUUUGCGCGCGAGGGCUUAGCUGUCCUUUUCAUGAUGGAAAAAAAUUGGAAAUAAAAUCACCUGUCCUGUUCUGACUGAUCGCUCGUUCGUUGACUUGAGAUGCGCUCCCACAUCUUGUGACAUGACUUGACUAGUGACAAACAUAGUUACUUUCGUAUUUCUCCUGAGGAGGAGGGCGCUGGCAAGUGCGCCCCUCCAGCAGAUGGUGCCCAAGGCAACCGCCGAUGUCAUCUAUGCCCAGGGCCGACCCUGCGCCCAGAGACAGCUGAGGUAGACGCCAGCAUGCCCGCGACCCUAGUGAGGAUAAGCGGGACGGAAAAUGGAUGGAUGGAUAGGUAGCGCUGAGACCCUCUGCUGGGCGAAUUAAACACUACAUCAGUGAACUUGUUUUUACCAUGUGUUACCCGGCUGAAAAAAUGGCCAGGAACAAUAAAUUGUUUCACAAAGUACAACACAGAUCAAAUUUUCCGAUCAAAGAUCUGACCAGGUUUUCGUGAUGAGGCUUAAGUUGUGGAUUCCUGCGUGGUCGCUGGUUUGUCUCAAACUAACUUUUCCAAAGGAUGUAAACCUCAGUCUCCAAAAAGUGUGCGACCAGAAACAAUGACUGAACUGCACAAGGUGGAACAGCGAUGGUCCACUUCACUCGUGUUCACCCAAGUCGCUUGGUGCUCGUUGGGCCUUACACGAGCUGGAUGUUAUUCCAUUCAUUUCAAUGAGGAAUGAUGACUUGACAAGAGUGAUUUGAGUUUCGAGUGAGAUUAAGGAAUGAACUAAAUUAGUAAGUCAGGGGAUCACUGUACUUAAGUGCCAUUCUUUUCACUGUUUCAGCUGGUUGC